AGAGAGAGAGAGAGAGAGAGAGAGAGAGACAGACAGACAGACAGACAGAUAUAUAGACAGACAGAGAAAGUUAGCGACUUAGGCAGAUCGAGAAUAGGAGAAAGAGAGGGUGCAGAACACAGAGGCAGGGAGGACGGGGAGAGUGAGUGAGUGAGAAAAGAAAAGAGGGAUUGACAAGAAAGAGAAGAAAGACAGAAAGAGAGCCAAGGAGAGAGUGUAUGCGUAACGUUCUCUCCUCUACUUCUCUGAAAGCACUGAGAGCGUUAUGGCUGACAACAACACAAACCUCUUUCUGGAAAUACUUAAACCCUUUGAUGUUGAGAGGAGACAAAAAAAAGCUGGAAGCAAUUUGCUUUACACUUUAUGAAAAUGAACUGUAGCUAAAGGAAAUGUUUUUUUUUGGACUAGCUUCAUUCCAUUUCGAUGAACCCCUGGUCCUUCAUUCUCUCUCUCGUUUCUCCUGAACACAUGUGGCAGCCGUUGCUUUCAACUACAGACUACAGAGUAUGUUGAUCCCUAUUUUGUGGGAAGGAGAUGCCAUCAGUCAGCAUUCUCUGGAGGCUUGCGCUGUUUCCCUGAUCAUAGCCUUCUGUGUGUCCAUGGCUGUGGGUCUCCUCUUGGGGGCACUAAUCUACGUGGUCCUGACCUGGAUGUCUCGACGCAAAGCCGGCUCUGUCAGCAUUACCCGCCGGCCCCCUCGCCCGUCCCGCGUCUCCCCCCGCGCCCGCCCUGGCUUCAACCGCAACAGCAGCUACGACCGGCGCAGCAACAACAGUCUGGUCAGCGCCGCCUUCAGUUUCCACCGCCAGGCCUCCUCCCCGGACCAGGCUGACCCUCUGGGCCGCAAGCCCAGCUUCAGGGCCUCCACCUUCCAUCCACUGCUCCAGUGCAGCCAGAUUGCCCGCGAGGCAGAGGAAGGGAGCCAGACCACGCUGCCUCGGACUCCGACUCUGACCACUUCAACUGGGUCCGCUCAAAUCGCAGCCCAGGCUGCCACCCCUCCCAGGCCAGUGUCUUUCUGGAGCACUAGUAGUCUGAGAGGGUUCCAUGCCACACAGACCCCACCUCCAGCCUAUGAGAGCAUCAUAAGGGCCUACCAGGAGACCUGCACCUAAGGGUGGUGUGGAUGUCACUGUGGGGCUGUUGACUGUUGACAAGGCCUGUGGAGUUUAUGGACAUUUGUAGAAAUAAUGAGAAGCUUUGGUGCUGUGUGUGUCUAUGCGAAAUGCAUGUGUGUUUGUGUGUUGUGCGGGUAAGAAGUGGUGAUGUCAAUGGUUUGUGAAGAUGAGGUGUGUGCGAUAAAUUCAGUGUAUGUGUGUGUCAUAUUGUGGUAUCACAUUGAUUUCCAUCACAAAUUCAGGAGUAUGUACCCGGAUGAUUUCCAAUUUAAGAGGUAACCAAGACAUUGACCAG